AUGGGGCAAAGGAUCCUGACUCGCCUGCUUACAGCCAAAACACGAGUGGCCCCGGUAAAAACCGUCUCCCUUCCUCGGCUAGAGCUCUGUGGUGCCGUGCUGUUUACCGAAAUGGUGACAGCAAUCCUUCCGCACAUGCCCUCCGCCAAUUCAGAUAUCCGCUGCUGGACAGAUUCCACAAUCGUCUUAGCCUGGCUACGAAAGCCUGCGUGCAACUGGACCACAUUUGUGGCCAACAGAGUUGCCAAGAUCACGCAGGCGACGCCAGUCGACUGUUGGGCACACGUUCGCUCAGAACAAAAUUCCGCCGAUCUAGCCAGUCGAGGCGUAUCCCUACAUGAAUUGGCAGAAAACCAUCUCUGGUGGCACGGACCAGAGUGGCUGCAAGGGCCACGAGAGCUAUGGCCAGCACAAAGCGACACUCUUCCAGUGACAGAACUAGAACAGCGCGCGGUCAAAGUGCAUUUUGUCAAGGCCCCGUCCAUCGACUUUCUCGAACGUUUCUCCAAAUCGGACAAGGCCCUGCGAGUUCUGGUCUAUGUUCAACGCUUCCUUAAACGCUGCCGCAAAGGUUCGUUCUUGCCCAAUUCACGCCCUACAAGUGAAGAGAUCCGGGAGGCAGAACGAACUCUGACCUCCAUUGCGCAGCGCAGAGCAUAUGGCCAAGAGCUUCAGCAUUUGACCGAGAAAAGGCCUCUUCCAGUGUCAAGUCCUUUGGUGAAUUUGUUCCCGUUCAUUGACCAACACGGAAUUUUAAGGGCGUGCGGCCGUCUCACUGCCUCCAAAACCCUGCAAUAUGAUGAACGUCAUCCGAUUAUUCUCCCCUAUGACUGUAGACUGUCGCGCCUCAUCGUCCAAUUUACCCACCAGAUUACUCUUCAUGGCGGUAGUCAAUUGAUCGUACGCCUGAUCCGAUCGAAGUAUUGGAUUCCUAAAAUCAAGAAUCUGGUGAAGGCUGUGGUCAAUCCGUGUAAGAUUUGCACGAUUUACAAGAAGAGACUCCAAACACAGCUGAUGGGCGAUUUCCCGACAAAUAGAGUCUCCUUCUCGAGGGCGUUCACCUACACGGGGGUCGACUAUGCCGGCCCUUUCGAAAUAAAAAAUUAUACAGGGAGAGCGUGUCUCAUAACGAAGGGAUACGUUUGUGUGUUUGUGUGUUUUUCCACGAAGGCUAUCCAUUUGGAACCCACUUCCGAUCUAACAACCGAGAAAUUUCUAGCGGCCUUUGCUCGUUUCGUAGCAAGGCGCGGUUGUCCUCAGCGGGUCCAUUCGGAUAAUGGUAAGACCUUUGUGGGGGCGGCAACUUUGAUUUCCAGGGACUUUCUCCAAGCUACCAAAGAGUCCGUGACUGAUGCAUAUAGCCAUCAGGGACUCGUAUGGCGGUUCAUCCCACCAGGUGCUCCACAUAUGGGGGGUUUGUGGGAAGCAGGGGUGAAAAGCUUCAAAACCCUGUUCCUUAAAUCGACGUCAGCCCGCAAAUACACAUUUGAGGAGCUGGCGACGCUUCUCGCUAAGAUUGAGGCUUGCCUCAACUCUAGACCCCUCUCCCCUAUGUCCGAAGAUCCCUCAGAUUUGCUGGCCCUCACACCAGGCCAUUUCCUCAUUGGAGGGCCGUUGCUUUCCACGGCGGAACCCGAGAUAAAGGGCGAAGCCAAGUCGAUAAUAAAUCGAUGGCAACACCUCAAGGCACAACAUCAGCAGUUUAGUGCACGGUGGAAAGAGGAGUAUCUUAAAGAACUCCAUAAACGUAACAAAUGGCAAUUUCCGACCAGGAACCUCCAAGCCGACGAUAUGGUAGUUGUCAAGGAGGACAAUCUACCACCGAACGAAUGGCGGCUCGGCAGAAUCGUUUCUGCCUUUCCAGGAGCCGACGACCGCAUUCGAGUCGUUGAGAUCCGUACGUCUCGCGGCACCAUAAAACGCCCUGUCCACAAGGUUAUUCUUCUACCGAUGGAGGACAAAGAGUCCUCCGUUCCUAGGGAUUAG